ACAGGUUUGGAACGACUUGAGGGUUAGUAAAAGAUGACAAUUUUCAUUUUUGGGUGAAUUACCAGGAAACCACGUUUUAACAUAAUAACAUUCACAUUUUACAUUUAAUUAACAGAAGAAACAUCCAGGAAAUGCUGUGGUUUGCUCUAAAGGGAGGCCUGCCCUUUUACUUUGAGUAGUUUAAAAGUCAGUGACACAUCUUCAAUGUUCCAGUAGCACAAUGACACACUUCACUGCGAUUCUGCUCACCACAGCUGUGACCACACUGCACAUCACAGUUGUGGUUGGAGUUGAGAUAAUCAACGGGGGAAAAGUUUCAAAAAAUUCCUUGCAAUACAUGGUCUCAGUGCAGAACAAUAAAAAACAUUUUUGUGGAGGAUUUCUGAUAUCUCCUCAGUAUGUUCUUACAGCUGCACACUGUGCAAGUAAAGAGAUGACUGUUGUUCUUGGCGACCAUGAUAUUUCUCCACAGAAAAAUCUAAAAAGAUAUGAUGUGAUUCACAAAUUUAUACCAAAAACAUUCAAAAAUGUUGAGAUGGGUAAUGACAUCAUGCUUCUAAAGAUUUCUAGUAAAGCAGUUUUGGGAGAAAAGGUGAAGACGGUGAAAAUCCCAGAUCUACAUUACAGAGUUGAAAGCAAUACCCAGUGCUUGGUUGCUGGAUGGGGUUCGACUAAACAGCACAAAGAUGUCAAUUACCUUUUGGCCUUGAAUGUAUCAACUGUUGACAUCCACAACUGCAAGAAAGCAUGGAAGAAAAAACCAAAACAAAAAAAAAGCAUCACAAAACUUCCACCAAACAUCAUCUGUGCUGGAGGAUAUAAACAGAAUGGAGGAGUGUGCUUGGGUGAUUCUGGAGGUCCGCUGGUAUGCAAUUCAAUGGCAGUGGGCAUUGUGUCUUUCUGCAGAAUCUGUAAAUAUCCUGAUGUACCGAAUAUCUUCACUGAUAUUUCAAAAUAUGCACAUUGGAUCAAAGCAAUUAAGAAGAAAAAAGAAACUUAAGAGUUUUGCGUUCACAGCACUUGCAAAUCAUCCUUAAACAUACAAUGCUGACCAAAUAAAAUUGUUUUGCUGAA